GGGAAAGAAAAUCAGCAGUUUUCAUACUAGAGUGUAGAAUAAGCUCAGAACCAAAAGAAACUAACGGGGCAUCUGAGUAUCUGUCUAAUCAGAAGAGCCAGGUUAUUCCUCCUGCAUCUAUGGAACAUUUUAUUUCCAAAGAUCAUCUUUCUGUCACUGGUUGGGAUUUUACUUGAAAAAAAAAAAAAGAUUAUGGACUAAUUAUAGUCAAGCAACAGAUAAAAAUUGGACAACUUCUGCAUUCUAAAUUUAUCUGCUUAAAUCAGGUCAAUCUUGCAGAUUUUCCCACCAAUAUGACAUUAAAAAAAAAAACCUCUUCAGUCUUUAAAAAACUUCAUAGGUUAAUUUAAUUUUGAUUCUUGAUCAUCACACUGGAUUUAACCUAGACAAGAUAUAUUUUCCAACCCUGUUCCACAGUUUCAUGAUACAGAAGGCUCAAUUUCUUUUUUUUAAUAAUUUGCCUUUCCAGCUUUAAAAUGCACAACCAUCUACAGCUUCACUUAUAUAGGAAAUGGACUCAGGUGCAUGAGGUGUAUUUUUAUCAAGGAUUCUUACUAAAAGUUGCAAAAGCAUACCACUGAGUCACAAGAGGCCCAUAAAUAAUACUGCAUCUUUACUGCACAAAAUUUGGGGCAGAAAGGUGUUGUCAUACCUUUAGCAACAUUCUUUAAAAGAGGAGGAAAAACCCCCAAUUUUUCGUUAAAGCUUUUGUAGUUUGCAACACUAAGAUUUUUGAUAAUUUCUUUAAAGCAGUUCUUUACCUCUCAACCUUUUUUAUCUGCUAUUUGGGAUACCCGUUAAGUCAAAGGUUAUGUAAUGGGAUUUCUGUUCCUGGACAUAGGACAGACAAUCUGCAAGUUGCAUGUGACUGUCGGAGAAUGGGUUCCAAUUAUACCACGAUACUGAGUAGCAGGCUAAAAACUGUAUUACAAAAAGAACGAAAGCAACCCACUUCAUAGUAAGACUUGGAAGUAGUUCUAGUUGUCUCUACUCUGACAGAUAGUUAUGGAUCAGCUCUAACAAUCCAAUCACUUCAAAGGAAGAAAGGUCACUAACUCCCCGAGGUGGCUCUACACAUUCUUUUCCACAAGGUUGCUCAACGGCCCCACCAACACCUCAAUCAUUUCAAUUCAGGAAGCCAGGGACCCAAAAUAUAAAAGGUUACCUAAGUCUACGGAAAUAUGCCCAUCCUUCGACUCAGCGGGAAGAUUAAAAUUUAAUCAUAAGAACACAGGCAAGGUAAAACCCCUACUAGCCAAGUAUCGUUAACUAACUUAUUCUAAACGCACUAGAUUAAGGCUUUCUCUUCACUAGUUAACUAUUAAACUCGACACCCUCACACCACAGGCUGUCCCCUGCUGUUAAAGCAGGAACAAGGUUAGAUUUCCAGAUUCCCUGCGUGGCUCAAGCUCUAGCAACAUGCUUUUUGAUGGACCGAACUUUGACGAACUUAGUUUAUUGCUUAAUAUUUUUAUGGCGAAAAAGUCAACAGUCAGGUAAACCCAAAGGCUGAAGCCUCCAGCAGCCUGUCUGGCUGUCCGUGUAAUCGGCAAAACCUCAGAAGUCUCGGUUUAGGAAAAGACAAGCAGCACCGCAGGAGGCUGCUCCACAGGUCGCUCACGGAGCAGUUCGCGUGCAAAACCGCUCACUUCCAUCCACCACCACCAAGAAAGCAAGUGAGGCAGCAACCUCCCUCCUGCGGAGAGUGGGGCCACCAGAGGCGGCCAAAUCCCCUAGAAAGAGCUUCAGUUGCUCUUUCCUUUCUCAAUUCCGCAAGAGCACUGGGCGACCAAGAGUUAUGGAGAAGCGCCUACAGGAGGCUCAGCUGUACAAGGAAAAAGGCAACCAGCGUUACCGGGAAGGGAAGUACCGAGAUGCUGUGAGUAGGUACCAUCGAGCUUUGCUUCAGCUGCGGGGUCUGGAUCCAAGUCUGCCCUCCCCGAUACCUAAUCUAGGACCUCAGGGCCCGGCUCUCACACCUGAACAAGAAAACAUACUGCACACCACCCAGACAGACUGCUACAACAAUCUAGCUGCCUGUCUCCUUCAGAUGGAACCAGUAAACUACGAACGAGUGAAAGAAUACAGUCAGAAAGUCCUGGAACGACAGCCUGAUAAUGCCAAGGCCUUGUAUCGGGCUGGAGUGGCCUUUUUCCAUCUGCAAGACUAUGACCAGGCUCGGCACUACCUCCUGGCUGCUGUCAACAGGCAACCAAAAGACGCCAAUGUCCGGCGGUACCUCCAGCUAACACAGUCGGAACUCAGCAGCUACCACCGGAAAGAGAAGCAGCUCUACCUGGGCAUGUUUGGUUAACAGAGAAGAAAGAUGCUUCUCCACAUGAACUUAGGUAAACCAGUAAAGAACCUGAGCCUCAGCAAGAGAAAUUAAUCCCAUACCUCUGACCCAGGUGGAUUUCUGUUUUAUUUCUAAUUCUGCACAAACUCUUUACCACUUACACAGUCUGUGUCUUUUUUUUUUUGUCCAUCUGUGUAUUUGUAUAGCUUUCAGUAAGUGGUAUGGGAGAUAUCUGCCUUGAGAAAUACAACCAGAAAACAUUUAUCAGCUAUGGGUGGAAUUAAUCAUAUUUAUGACAUAGAUUUUAAUGAUAGAUGUUGUUAGAUGUCUUCAUAUACAGAGGAGAAGGCCAGCAGAGGAUGAGAUAAUAAGGAUAGACAGAAAGGAGUUUCUUCCUUUUUUUCCUCAGAUGCCCAAAGCCAAAGCUGGACAGGCCACAAACUAGGAAAUAUAUUUUUUUUGUGAAACUAGAGGAUUAUAAGUUGGGCCCGCAUGGCUUAAAAUGAAAGAUUUGAGAUUAACCAUUUUUUUAUUAAAUUAAUUCCUUAUUCUUCGUAAUAGUCCACCUACAUUCAGAUUCUUUUUUUCCUACAAAAGUUUCUCUUGGUGAUUUCUAGUCUUUGAUGGUAUUCAUAUUCAGAUCAUUAACAUGCUUAUUUUUUUCAUUAAACUCUUCUAUCUUAAAACGUCUGGAGUCAAGCAUUUUAAGUAUUUAUUUAAUAACCCUUCAGCUCUCAUGCCAAAAACCACCCAAGUAAACAUUUUAAUAUUUAAUAGGUGUAAAUCUAUAGUAUGCUCGUUUCUCUAAAAAACAUAGGGAAAACAGAUUGCCAAGCCUUCUAGAAGCAAUACCAUAAAAGAGCAGGAUAAAAACAUAAAUCUAUUCUUUGCCUGUCUCCUUAUAUUUUGCAAGAGCUCAGUUCCUUAUAGAGGAGGGAAAUAAUGAGGAAGGGUUCUACUUCCUUAGUGCCUUUUAAGCACCUGACAGAACUUUCUGGAAGCUUCGUUGGGCAUGGGUGCAGGCUUCAGAUCUGGUGCAGUUGUGGCUCAGUAGGAGGCUCCAUCAAUCAGGAGCUCCUUUGUUAUUCUGGGUACUUGUUGUGAAUAAUGUCCACAGCGUAUGAGUUCUACAGAGUAGAUGAUACCGUGAAGCACUGCCUCUACCUUUAUGAAUGGAGGUGAUAAGAAUGUAUUAUUAGCCAUCAGAUAACCACAGACAGAUUUCGGAAAAGAAAAACACCUUAGUCUUGCCAAGUGCACAUGAAUUCUGCUCCGUUUGUCAGUAAUGCCCCCCUCUCCCAAUGAGCUAGACUCCUCUUUAUUUCUCUGUACCCUUAAAUAAUACAACCAACAGCUUACAACAAAAAGUAUUUCUGCCAAAUAACCCUCUGAAGUCCAAGGACAGAACUAACAAAGUCAAAUAUUUUAUUCCUCUUCCAAGCUUCUUGAAUUUCUAAGCCUAGAUUGUUGACAAAAUUAUGUCAUGGUUGCAUGUUUUGUUUGUUUGGGGCUGGCUUUGCUUUCUAAUUUUCUUUUCUUUCAAAGACUUGAUGUUAUAGUAAGCUAUCUUCUGCAUCAAUGAGUAAAAAAUAAAACUGAUAUUUAAAAACAUA